UAAAAUUUUGAUUCUCACAGCUACCCUACAAAUAGGUAAGUGGCUAUGAUUAUCUCCACAUUUACAUUUAGAUUACAUUUAGAAUCACACAGUAGCAAAUGGAGCAUGUUGCUAACUGAGGUCUUUUGAUCUCUUAAGCCCCAGGCACUUUCUCUUGGUUCUUACAGAGUGAAUUCUGAAUCUUUCCUUCCCACAAGCUUAGAAACCCCAGACCAUCUCUCAUUCCCAGAAGUUAGAAGCAAGUUUGAGAAGUUCCCCCCACUUCCCCCUCCACUGCAGAGAUCCAUCAAGCCCAUCUGGGUCCCUGAUGGAAGGUGCACCCUCUUAGUCUCUGGCAAAGGCACCAAGACCCAGAACUUGUACAAGGCCCUGAUAAGCUUCUUAGAAGGGGUAUUAGCAGGGAUUGGAUAUUCUUCCCUGAGAUGCCCUUCACUCGCAACCCUGUCUUCAACUAGGAUUCCAUAAGAGAGCUGGGGGCAGGAGAAUGGGAUAGUCCUUGCUGUCUAGCUUCAGACCCACUCUUUGAGAUCCUGGAUUUUGACAAGUUUCCAGAACGGAGAAGACACCCAGAUAUCCAGGUUUGAAGGUUUGUGGCUAUCUCUUAGCUGAGCUUCAUGGAGAAAUCUUCCCUGAUCACCAACCUGAAUCCAAGAACAACCCCCAUCUUUCAGUGAACAGAAUGAGAGGCCUUCCGUAACCUGGCAUAACUGGCCAUCAUGGGGAAAUUGAUCAGGAUGGGGACGCAGGAAAGGCGGUUACUCCUGCCAAAACGGCUUCAAUGGAGUCGCUUCCUCUUCCUACUGGGAAUGUUGAUCAUUGGUUCCACCUACCAGCACCUGAGGAGCCCUCUGGGCCUCCCCUCACUGUGGGCAGCAGUCUCUUCCCAAUACCCUGUGAAGCUGGCCAACCGGGACCUUCCCAGCAACGAGAUGAUGAUGGUGAGCAGUGACCCUCCAAGGGCUAGUUCUGAACUGGAGGGUGAGACACUGGAACCCCAGGGCACAGCGGGCAAGGAGGAAGCAACAGCUGGCAUAACAAUGGAGAACACUCUCAGUACACCCAGAAGAAUAGCCAACAUCUCUCCCACAGUACCUAAGAAUAACUACAGCCCAACAGCAGCAGGCACAGACAGAACGAAGGAAAACACCCCAACAAGACCAAGUGGAGUACUGAGUCACUACACCCCAACUUCAAGCAUAUCAACAAUAAGGAAUUAUACCCCAGCAACACCCAGGGGAGAAAUGAAGCACUACCCCCCAACUCGAGCCAGGGGAAAGGUGAAAAAAUACACCCAAUCCCCACAUGGUAGAAGAGUAAACUCUGCCCCAUCCACAUUCAUGACAAUGACAAGAAGCCAUGGGAUCACUCCCAGAACGACAGUGAAAGACAUUGAAACUGUGGCAACCUACAAAAUAUUGGAGACCAGCCCCUCCAAGGGAGUCGUGGAGGAAACCACCCCAACUACUAAGAGAAUAACUGAUAAGACUCCAACUUUCAUGAUAAAUGACAUAGAAACAAACAUCUUGACUUCUAGGAGUGCAGUGGAUAAGAACCUGCUGACUACCCCCAGAAGAGUGGACAAUAACAGCUCAACCAAUCCUCGGAGGUUAGUGGGAAAGAGCAACCUGACGACUUCCCAGGGAAUAGUUUUAGAGCACACUGCAGCCACCUCUGAUGGGCAAGUGACAAUUCGCACCAGGGUUAGGAAUCCCUCGUCCAGAACCAGUGCACCAACCACUGGAUUAUCCUUAGCCACCUUCUGGGGGCUGGCGAAGAAACCUCCCACAGCACCAAGCACCUCAGCAACCCUCAGCAUCAGGGCAAAUCCGACCACCCAGGUUCGUCACUGUGUGGAGCCAGCUCCAGCCAUGCCCACUACCCCCUCCCCCAGCCUGACAACGGCCCCGCUCCCGGAGGCACCCAGUCCCAGUCCCUCGGCGCCGCCCCCCAGCUGGCCAGACCACCCUAAGGCAGAGUACCCCCCAGACCUGUUCAGCGUGGAGGCGCGGAGGCAGGGCUGGGUAGUCCUGCACAUCUUUGGCAUGAUGUACGUGUUUGUGGCCUUGGCCAUCGUGUGUGAUGAGUACUUUGUCCCAGCCCUGGGUGUCAUCACAGACAAGCUGCAGAUCUCUGAGGAUGUGGCAGGUGCCACAUUCAUGGCUGCUGGAGGCUCUGCCCCCGAGCUCUUCACCUCCCUCAUCGGCGUCUUCAUCUCCCACAGCAAUGUGGGCAUCGGCACAAUUGUGGGCUCUGCUGUGUUCAACAUCCUCUUUGUCAUCGGCACCUGUGCCCUAUUCUCCCGGGAGAUCCUCCACCUCACUUGGUGGCCCUUGUUCCGUGACGUCUCCUUCUACAUCCUUGACCUGAUGAUGCUCAUUCUCUUCUUCCUGGACAGCCUCAUUGUCUGGUGGGAGAGCCUGGUGCUGCUGCUGGCCUAUGCCUCCUAUGUGUUCACCAUGAAGUGGAACAAGAAGCUUGAGCUCUGGGUGAAGGAGCAGCUCAGCAGGAGGCCAGUGGCCAAGGUCAUGGCCCUAGGGGACUUCAGCAAGCCAGGUGUUGGGGCAGUGGCGAUGGAUGAGCUACAGGAGAACAAGAAGCUGAAGCUCCCGUCCAUGCUGACCCGAGGGAGCAGCUCAGCCUCUCUGCACAACAGCACCAUCCGCAGCACCAUGUACCGGCUCAUGCUCCACAGCCUGGACCCUCUGGGGGAAGCACACUCCUCCAAGAACAGGGAUGAGGAGAGCUUGAAUCAGGAGGCCAAAGCAGAGAGCAACCCAGAAGAGGAGGAGCCAACCAAGCUCCCUGCGGUCAAGGUCACACCAGCCCCUGCUCCAGACGUCAAGGGAGAUCAGGAGGAGGAUCCUGGCGGUCAGGAAGGAGAUGUGGCUGGAGCUGAGAGCACAGGUGCAAUGACAGGCAAAGAGGUUGAAGCUCCUGGUGAAGGUGAAAAUGGAGGUGAAACUCAGCUAGAAGGUGAAGGUGAAACUGAAGCAGAAGGGAAAGGAGACAAUGAAGGUGAAAGUGAAAUCCAAGCAGAAAGAAAAAGAAAUGAUGAAAGUGAAGGUGAACUCCAAACAGAAGGAGAUGCUGGUGAAGUGAAAAGUGACGCCGAAGAGCAGGGAUUCAAUGCUGGAAAUCAAGGUGAAACCAGAAGUGAUGAGAAAGGUACAGAUGGUGAAGGGGGAGGUGAUGGAGGUGAUGGUGAACAUGAAGAGAACAAGAGUGAAGUCCAAGCAGAAAUAAAAGAAAAUAAUGAAGGUGAAGGUGAACUCCCAGCAGGAGAAGAUGGCAAAAUGAAAGGUGAUGGUGAAACCAAAGAGCAGGACUUCAUUGUUGAAAAUCAAGGUGAAGCCAAAAGUGUUGAGAAAGGUACAAAUGGUGAAGGAGGAGGCGAUGGAGGUGACAGUGAAGAUGAAGAUGAGGAUGAGGAUGAGGAUGAGGAUGAGGAAGAAGAGGAGGAAGAGGAAGAAAAUGAGGAGCCUCUGUCGCUGGAGUGGCCUGAGACCCGGCAGAAGCAGGCUAUUUACCUCUUCCUCCUGCCCAUUGUGCUCCCACUGUGGCUGACAGUGCCCGACGUCCGGAGGCUGGAGUCUAGAAAGUUCUUUGUUAUCACCUUCCUGGGAUCCAUCCUGUGGAUAGCCAUAUUCUCAUACCUUAUGGUGUGGUGGGCUCACCAGGUUGGUGAAACAAUAGGGAUUUCUGAAGAGAUUAUGGGUUUGACGAUCCUGGCAGCAGGCACAUCAAUUCCUGACCUGAUCACCAGUGUGAUUGUUGCUCGGAAAGGCCUGGGAGACAUGGCCGUGUCAAGCUCUGUGGGCAGUAACAUAUUUGAUAUCACCGUGGGCCUGCCUGUUCCCUGGUUGCUUUUCUCUCUUAUCAAUGGACUACAGCCUGUCCCAGUCAGCAGCAAUGGCUUGUUCUGUGCCAUCGUCCUGCUUUUUCUCAUGCUCCUGUUUGUGAUCUCUUCAAUUGCGUCGUGCAAAUGGAGAAUGAACAAGAUCCUGGGCUUCACAAUGUUCCUCCUGUACUUUAUAUUCCUGAUAAUCAGUGUGAUGUUAGAAGAUCGAAUCAUAUCCUGUCCUGUCUCUAUCUGAGUCAGGCACUGUUGCUCAAAGUGGACAUGGAUCAGGAAACCAUGGCAGAAGUUACUGUACCUCUUGGUACAUUGAUGAAUGAACAUGACCCAGGAGAGUGAACUGAGAGGCUGAGAGCAUCUGAUGUCAAUGUGAUACAGGAGUGAAGGUUAUCGUUGGGAACACCUGCAGCUCAUUGUGAUUAAAAAUCUCACUUCUGGGGUCGGGGAGUGUAUGGAGUUCCAACCCUUACUGCUACAGACACUGUCACAUGGACUCCAGUAAAAGGACCCCUGGAGUCAGAGGGUUUUCUACAUGAGAUACCUGGAGGGUUGGGACAGGCACAGUAAGACAAGCCACCAAGCUCACGUAUUCCUGAUUACUAAAGGGCUGCUGAUCCAAAA